AUGGCUGCGAUGAUCGGAUUUCAGCUCUCCGGCUGCAAACCGAUGUCGUUUUCGUCGUCGUUAUCAUCUCCAGACCUCAAUUCCUUGCACUCAAAGCUCUCUUCACUCACUCUCAAACCGUCUCCGCAGCCGCGGAAAUCGACGGUUAUCCGUAUGGGCGGAGGUCCGAGGACGUUUCCCGGCGGCGUAUCGAAGUGGCAGUGGAAGAGGAUGCAAGCGAAGAAGCAGAAGCAGCUCCUCAAAGCGCGAUUAUCCCGGGAACGCCAGAUUUACGAGAUGCGGAAACGCGCGGAGCUCAAGGCGGCGGUGGCGGAGCUCGAGCGACCAUGGGAGCCGGUUCAGAAACCGCCGAAUCUAUUCUCGGUUUGUGCCGACGAGCAGGUUAAGGUCCUCGCGGACCGGUUUCAGAAACCCGGCGGGUUCGAUCUCUGGACCGAUCGGGAUGGGCCGCAAUUGUUCGAGACCGUCGAUGAUUUGCCCUCCGCUAGGUUUUUCCCCAAAGGUGUUGUUCACAGUGUGAAACCGUAUCGUAGAUUACCAAGCUCCGGUGAGUCUGACGGCGAAGAGAAUUCGCUGAAACACGAAGAAAUUGGGAUGAAACUGGAAGAAAGCAGCAGUGAUAGCAGAAGAACUGGAAGUCAUCGUGGUCGUAGGCUGAGGAAGAAAGUCGAGAUCAACGGUGCAGAGAGAAAGGAAGAAGGUAAGAGGAUGGAGAAUCGUGUUAAUGGUGGCAAAUUGAGAAAUGGAAGAUCUCAGGUUUACGAAAUGACUUUGCAGAAUGAUGGGAGAUACGAAAUUGGAUCUUAG